AUGGAAAAUCACAGUUCAACCCCGAUUGCCACUCCAUUACGACGUCCAUCUUUAGAGCCAUUCUUCCAGAACCGUUCUUCUUUAUCUGUUCCCAACAUGAAAGCAGAAUAUAGUUUGCAAGCACUUGUCGAAAACGCACCGCACGAGCCAUUGCCCUACCACAUAUACGAUCACUCUUCCUUCUCAGGUCCUUAUCAUCCUCGAAAUAUAUGCGUAAACGAUCCAACUGAACAAUCCUCUCGCUGGUCCUCCAACUCGCACGAUCAGUCGCAGUACGUCACCAUCAAGCUCGAGAAGCCUGCUGUAGCAUGUGAAGUACUGUUUGGCAAAUUUCAUCGCAGCCACGUAUGCAAUUUGAAAGAGUUCAAAAUAUAUGGUGGAUUGGAUCCUCAUGAUAUGAAAGAGUUGCUGCAUAAAGGUUUAACAGAUGAUAACAACGCCGAGACUUUUCCGAUAAGAUAUACAUACAACAACUUGAUUUUCCCCAUUCAAUACAUAAAGAUCACACCACUGGCAACAUUUGGUGCCAAUUUCAACUAUAGCAUAUGGUAUGUGGAAGUGAGAGGCAUCAAAGAUAAAGCAUUGAUAGACAAGGUGUACGAUGCGUUCAACAAGUACAAGGAAUUGGAGACGAUACGCCUAUGCUUGAAGCAUUUUCGACAAAAGAACAUGAUGGAUGUGUAUGCAACGCUUCAGAAAUCAAGCAACAUUGCAUUAGAGCACCCGCUGAUUGAGCAACUACACCAAUCAGUCGUUGUCGAUGGCGAUUUUGAGGCUGCAGAGAAAAUCAUACUAGAUGCAGACAAAAAGAACACCUUUCGAUCUUAUGUGGAAAAUGCAAGGUAUCUGCCAACUUGGCAGAGGCUGUUUGCCUCCAAUGACGAUGGCGAUGCGCCAUGUGGUAGAGGUGGCCAUCAACUAUGUAUAGAUGCGAAUCGUGAAAAAAUAUACUUGUUUGGCGGCUGGGAUGGCAAGAGAGAGCUAUCUGAUUUUUGGUGCUAUCAUAUCAGGGACAAUCGCUGGAAGAUGUUGAGUGCAGAUACCACAUUACAGGGAGGACCAUCGCCUCGGUCUUGUCAUUCCAUGUGCUAUGAUCCCAUACGAAAGUCAAUUUAUGUACUAGGAAAGUAUAUUGAAGUUCGUGCUCCCAGCACAUCUGCACCUGAGGUAUCACCCAAAGUGUACGAAUCGGAUUUCUUCCAAUACUUUACUGAUUUGGACAGGUGGAUCAAAAUUAGCGAUAAUACACAGAUCGACGGAGGACCAGCCUUAUUAUGUGAUCAUCAAAUGUGCAUCGACCCUAUUGGUAGGAAGCUGUAUGUUUUUGGCGGUCGUAUCGUCACGCCUGACGCAUCACCCAACGCGUACAGUGGAUUUUACUCGUACGAUAUCGAUGAAUUUGCAUGGAGUGUAUUGCGAUAUGAUAUCAACCAUGUGUCAGCCCCUCACUCGCCGGCCACCGCUUCUUCUUCUUCGCUGUCGCCAUCUUCCCAUCUUCAAGUCCAUGACAUCCCCAUAGGCCGAAGAAGAUCUAGCAAUGGCUCUUAUGUGCCUUCGCCCAACGCAUCUCAAACUGUCAAAUCCAGAGCGGGUCACUCGAUGCUGAUGGAUGCUGAGCAUCGAUGCAUCUACAUCUUUGCUGGGCAACGUGGCAAGGAGACCUUGACGGACCUCUACUGCUACAGCAUUGAACAAGAUCGAUUGACCGAGGUGGCUCAAGAUUUCUGCAAACUGUAUGGCGGCGACUCUGGAUAUACACAGCGCGCAACAAUAGACAUAGACAAUCAGGAAAUACACGUUUUCUCUGGAUUUUUGAAGAGCAAGCCAAAUAACACGGUGAGGAAUUGUUUAUGGGUGUACAAUAUCAAGCGAAAUGAAUGGGAAAAGGUGUAUGAAAGCGAAAACACAGAAUCACCAUACUGGCAAACCACCCAAGACGUUGAACCAUACCCUCGUUACACACAUCAAAUCGUGUACAAUACAAAAUCAAAAGCACACUUUAUGCUUGGCGGAAAUCCCGGUGAUGUGUCAAAACCAUAUAGACGCUUGGAUGAUUUUUGGGAACUGAAACUUGCAAAGCCUGAUUCAACACAAGUUGUCCGUCAAUGUUUAUUCCUUCUUCGCAGUAGAAAAUUAAGUGAGUUAUGUAAGCAAGCUGAUGUCCAAUUCAAUUUCAAGGGUCAACUAUGCCAAAAGAAGAUCAGUGAGGCCACCAUGCAUGCCUUGGAUUACUUGAGAACGUCUGUUACGCCUAUUGUGGAUCACGGUAUCAAGGAAGAAGUUGAUAUUUUUAAGAAACUCUGCACACAUUUAUGUAUAUUAGAGGAUGAAGCAGCCGUCACGGCUUGUGAUCCUUAUUCUGCGAGGUCUAUGGAAGAAAUCUUUUUUGAGGAUCGCACAGCAGUAUUCCAGUCAUUGCUCAAGUUUUUCCCUGCCAGCAUGAAGGAGCCUGAAGGUUCGCUGAUCGAUGCUGUGAAAAUAGGAUAA